AUGCUUGACGUCUUCGACUUUUUGGAAGAUAAAGGUGGUGAUACAAAGAAGCUGAAAGAAAGUCAGCGGCGGCGGUAUGCGCCUGAAGUGGCCGUGGAGGAGAUCCAGGCUUUGUAUGAGGAUGACAAAACAACGAAAUAUGCAGCAGCACAGACGAAACAGAAAAUUAACGCUCUACAGAGAGCCAUUGGGGCUAAAAUGAAAGCCCGAGAGAAUGCAGACGGCUUGCUCCACCAAAAGAGUGAACUAGAGAAGGAACUGAAGGUCCACGAAAACCAAGUAGGACCAAAAGAAGCUGCACUCCAGAAAAAGCUGAACACGGUCGGGAACUACGUGCAUGAAGAUGUACCUAUCGGCAAAAACGAGGGGUUACAAAGCCAUCCAACCCCCUACUUUAUGUUUCGGGAUCAAAUGGCGAAGACUGCGCAACUAGAACAAUUCGACGAGGAACUCUACAAGGUCGUUGAGGACGAAAAUAAUAAGGACAGCGACAAAUACCUCAUUGCGACUUCAGAGCAGCCAAUCUCAGCACUACAUGCUGGUGAAUGGAUGCAAGCAAAAGACCUCGACCCACCUAUCAAGUAUGCGGGAUUCAGCACUUGCUUUAGGAAAGAGGCUGGCGCCCACGGAAAGGAUGCCUGGGGUAUCUUUAGGGUCCAUCAAUUCGAGAAGAUCGAGCAAUUUCUUUUUACGAAGCCUGAAGAAUCAUGGCAGGCAUUCCACGACAUGAUGGCAAUCUCCGAAGAAUUCUAUCAAUCGUUGGGGCUCCCUUAUCAGAUCGUGGCAAUAGUUUCUGGAGCACUUAACAAUGCAGCGUCCAUGAAGUACGAUCUAGAAGCCUGGUUUCCUUUCCAGUCGGAGUUCAAGGAGCUUGUAUCCUGUUCGAAUUGCACAGAUUAUCAAGCACGCGCUCUUGACAUCCGAUACGGACCUAAGCAGAUAACAGAAGCGCGAAAAAAGUACGUUCACGCACUCAACGCAACGUUAUGUGCGACCGAGCGUGCACUAUGUUGUAUCCUAGAGAAUUACCAAACUGAGGAUGGCCUUCGAGUGCCAGAGGUGUUACGUAAGUGGAUGCCCGAUGAGAUUGACUUCAUUCCAUUCACAAAAGAGCUUCCGAAAGAUUCGACUUCUUUGAAGGCGAAGGGAAAAGCACUAGGUGCAAAACCAAAUGUCCCCGUCUCCGUUGAGGGCACGGUGGAUAAGCUGAAGAAGAUGCAGGUAGACUCGUAG